AUGGGUCGUUUUAAGCUUUACAAGAAGUUCGUCGGGUUCUAUAAGGUAUAUUGUGGACUUAAAGAGCCGAUCCAUGUCUACACAGAUAGCACUUUUAUCAUCGAGGCAAACAACAGAUCCAUUUGGAUAUCAAACCAAUUUGAAAAGAUCUUUGAAGGGCACCCUAAAAUUUAUUUGACAUCUUGUGUGUUAGCGGAGCUUGUUGGGCAAAAGCUCCCACCCCACCAGGUCGUGCAAUGUACCCAUCAAAAAAUGGAUGCAAAAGAUUGUUUUAUGUCACACAUCAAAGCGUCUGGGUUUGAUGCUCCGAUGGGAAAAGCUAUUCCAUUUAAUAUAGUUAUAGCAAGUAUGGAUUCCACCAUGCUUACCUUUUACAGAAACACUCGGUUUCCAUUGUUCACAUUCGAAAAACAAAUUAUGAAAUUCUGUCCCCCAAGCUAUCAAGUACGAAAGAGGUUUAAAGAAAUUAUUAAACUUGCAUCAAAACUCACUGAAGAUGAAAAGAAAGCGGUGCAAGAAGGGGAGGAGGCUCUGCGCAGAAAAGAACGAGAAAAGAACAAAGAAGAGUUAGGAGCUGUCACACAUAUGAGAGGGUUGGUCAGCUUACGAAAAGCACUUGGACCAAACCCCUUAUCUAUCAAAAAGCGAGCUACAAAGCCAACGCGACGUGACGAUGGCACAAUAAAAAAGGUUCGAAGAGGUACCCGUGGUAAUACCAAACAGAGAAAAAUCCGUCGCGCUCUCAAUCGACUUGCAGAAUCCAAACAACCACAAAAAGAAGAAAAUGGUGAUUUAAAGUUAAGCGCAAAAAGCGAGUGA